CCAACCGCACGGACAAGCAAGUUCACAUAUAAUUUAAUUCAAUAUACUGUCUGGAAACAACUUUCCUGAUCAUUCAUUUCUGCCUGACAUAAGAAUUCAUUGCAAAUUCAACAUCGGGUCUUCAGGCUAAUCACAUCAUUGCAUGGUUCCAUAACCAAUGUGAAAGCCUAUAUCAAAAUGAUUGCCGUCGGUUACGUUUAAUUAUGGCGAGACGGAGUUCUAUCUCAUGUAGUACACUACUUUUGACUGCGUUGAACUAGAUAGGGAAUUGGCUGUCGUUUUAAGACGUAUUUCCUCAGGAUCAAGGGGCGCUGUGCUGCUGUUUAUUCUUGCUCUGGCUUUGCGGCCUUUUCUGUUGCCUGGAAAAGCCCUCUCACAAGGUUAUGAAAUGAGUGUCAUUUUGACUUAACCGUGGAGCUCGUUUUUUAAUCCCGGACUCGGUCACUAUUCGGAUGGGUUGAGCCAAGAUGUCGUGCUUGUUACUGCUGUCGCAGCUCCGGUAACCGUUCCUCAUGUUAACCCUUGGGGGAGGAGGGAUUCUUGAGUGCUGUCGCACAACUAUUACUUUCCGACUUCUGCUGUUCGAGUCUGGCAACAACAGAACUGGAAGUGGUUGUGGGUUUUGGUUUUCACGGCGAGACUUGUAAAAUCUCAUUUUUUAAAAAAGGCGAUCGUUGUAAAUGAUCUCUCUCUCUCUGUGUGUGUGAGAGAGAAUGAGGGAUACCAACGGGAAGAUUUCGUGGCACUACUCGGUAUGAUGGGAAUUCCACCGGUAUGGGCGCUUGGCGCUAGCCAGACUGGAUGAGGAAGUGAGGCUGAGAGAGAGAGACAACGGCUACCUGGGAUUGCGGCAGGAAGAGGACCUUUGGGCAGGUUCCUGCAGCGUGUGUCAGGGUGGAGUUACCUGACCCAUGGAGAAUUACUUCCAGACAGAGGCCUUCAACCUGGACAAGGUGCUGGAUGACUUUGAACAGAACCAAGAUGAUGAGACAGACAGUCCCACUCUGUCGGAUGCGAAGUGGAGUCAGAUCCUGGCCCCUCCGACCCACUUCCUGUCUCUGAACCCUGCUCUGGCUUUGACCCCUGACCCCAGGGACGGGGACAGUACCCUCCCCUUCAAGACCCUCCCAACCCCCGACCCGUCCUCUAACGACUUCCAGGGGCCUGACUCCAAACGCCACCCCGCUGCCAAGCCUCCUUCCUGGGGAGAGGAGAGGCCAGGCCUCACUGCGGACGUACACAGCCCUCCGCUCCCCCAACCCAACAUCGGCAAGCUGGUGGGGGGUGGGGAGGGCUUGUCUCCCCCUGUGCCGGCUUCCUCUAGCCCCCCUCCUUACCACCACCUGGCCCUGGAGAACGGCUUCACCUCUAUCAGCUCCUCUUGCCCAGCUCUCAACGGGCUCAGUGAGGAACCCUGCAAGGGGAACCAAACAAGGGUGACCCCUUCAAACCACCAGCCGCCUGCCUCCUCUGACCCACGUCCUGAUGUCCCUCUGGAGGGUAGGGAGGGGGAGAGGAGUGGUGGAAGCUCUCACAUUAGUCAUUCACACUUUACCUAUGAGGAGAGCCUGGGAGGGGACAGACAGGUGGCAGACAGACAGGUGGCAGACAGACAGGUGGCAGACAGACAGGUGGCAGACAGACAGGUGGCAGUAGAUGAGUCUAACCCCCGUCUGGAGACAGAGAGCACUUGUGUUGUGUCACCCAUACAGGAGAGGGACAGAGACGAGGCUGACAUGGCUGGGGGACAGUCACAGAACACUGGGGGGAGAGUACAGAAUGGAGGAUGGAGAGAGGGAAGACCGGGAGAAGACUCUGGGGAGAGAGGACAGAAUGGAGGAUGGAGAGAGGGAAGACCGGGAGAAGACUCUGGGGAGAGAGGACAGAAUGGAGGAUGGAGAGAGGGAAGACUGGGAGAAGACUCUGGGGAGAGAGGACAGAAUGGAGGAUGGAGAGAGGGAAGACCGGGAGAAGACUCUGGGGAGAGAGGACAGAAUGGAGGAUGGAGAGAGGGAAGACCGGGAGAAGACUCUGGGGGGAGACGACAGAAUGGAGGGGUGAAGGAAGAACUGAGAAAAGAGUGUAGGAAGUCUUCUCAGAAGGAGAAGAGGUUGAACGGAGAGCUGGACAAGAGUGGAGGUCAGAAUGGAAAGUUGGCUCUCACCAACGGCCUGGCUACUGCAGGGGAAGAAGAAGAGAGAGGGUCUCUCACCCCUCCCCCUUCCAAGGAGGACUCUGUAACAGAGGAGAAGGAGAUGGAGGAGAGCAAGCAAGAGCACGAAGGAGGAGGAGAAAGAGCUGGUAGCUCUUUACCCAAGAAACUGAACAACAGUUGUUUUCAGCCGGUGAGCUUGCCGUUCGGAGGGGCACGUCCAAAACAGCCGGGCAGUCUCAAACUCCAGAUCCCCCGGCCCCUCUACGAACAGAACCAGCUAGCGCCUUCUGCUAACACCGCCGGCAGUGUUACUGGUGGAGGAAAGAACAAGAACCUUGAGAACCGUGGCGGUGCCGGAAUCAUGGAUACGGCAACUGUACUUGCCUUGGGCGACCCUGGUGGCGGUGGUGUUGUGAAGGGGGAGUUGUUAACCGGGGAGUCUCCGUCAUCAUCGUCGGGCCUGGUGGAGGUGUCAGAGAGCAGCCCGGAUAAUGACUUCCAGGCAGGGCAGCAUCACCAAGGGGCUCUGCCCAGGAAACAGCUCUCCUCCCUGGGGGAUGUAGCCCCCGUGUGGGUCCCUGACUCCCAGGCUCCAGUCUGUAUGAAGUGCGAGGUCCGCUUCACCUUCACCAAGAGGAGGCAUCACUGCAGGGCCUGUGGAAAGGUGUUCUGUGCUGCCUGCUGCAGCCUGAGGAGCAGACUGAUUUACAUGGACAGGAAGGAGGCCAGAGUCUGUAUCACCUGUCACUCUGCCCUACUGAGUGCUCAUUCGAGGGAGGGUAUGUGUGACAUGUCUAACCAGAGUCCUAACCCCAACAACCCAGCAGAGUACUGCAGUACCAUCCCGCCUCUGCAGCAGAUCCAAUCCUCAGGGGCGCUGGCCUCCCUUCCCCCCACCGUCAUGGUCCCUGUGGGAGUUCCUAAAACACCCGACUCAGAGGGGUCUCUUGCGCGGGAGCAGAGGAGGGUGUGUUUUGCAGACGGGAUCCUACCCAAUGGGGAAGCAGCGGAAUCCCCCAAGCCCCCUGCUACCAGCCCCGCUCCCUCGCGUCCAUUGGCCGUCUCACAGUGUUCCAACAAAUCCUCCACUGCUGAUUCGUCAGAGGUGUUGUCCCCGGCCCCUGCAGCCCCAGUGGGAAGCCCUGUAGGCAGCUCCAUCAGUCUAAUUCCGGAGGACGGACUUCCUCCCAUCCUCAUUUCCACCGGAGUUAAAGGAGGUACGGGAGGCCACAGCACAGACUAUACGGUGGAGGAGCGUCCCUCUGAGAUGGUUCUGAUACAGCAGCUGGAGGAGGGAGGUCCUGAUCCCUUGGUGUUUGUGCUCAACGCUAACCUGCUGGCCAUGGUCAAACUGGUCAACUACGUAAACAGGAAGUGUUGGUAUGUGAGCAGUAAGGGGAUGCAUGCAGUGGGCCAGGCUGAGGUGGUGGUGCUGCUGCAGUGUCUGCCUGACGAGAAGAGCAUUCCCAAAGACCUCUUCAGCCACUUCGUACAGCUCUACCAGGAGGCCCUCACAGGUAACGUCCUGACCCACCUGGGCCAUUCGUUCUUCACCCAGAGUUUCCUGGGCAGCAGGGAGCAUGGAGGAUUCCUCUACGUCUCCCCAUCCUUCCAGUCCCUCCAGGACCUGAUGCUCCCCAACCCCCCCUACCUGUUUGGGGUGUUGCUGCAGAAGUGGGAGACCCCCUGGGCCAAGGUGUUCCCUAUCAGACUCAUGUUCCGGCUGGGUGCAGAGUACAGAUUCUACCCCUGCCCUCUGUUCAGUGUGCGGUUCAGAAAGCCCCUGUUUGGAGAGACCGGACACACCAUCAUGAACCUGCUAGCAGACUUCUGUAACUACCAGUACACGUUGUCCAUGGUGAAGGGUCUGGUGGUGGACAUGGAGGUGAAGAAGACCUGCAUCAAGAUCCCCAGCAACCGAUACAACGAGCUAAUGAAGGCUAUGAACAAGUCCAAUGAGCACGUCUUGGCCAUGGGGGCGUGUUUCAACGAGCGGGCCGACUCCCACCUGGUGUGUGUACAGAACGAUGACGGAAACUACCAGACACAGGCCAUCAGCAUCCACCAUCAACCACGCAAAGUGACCGGCGCCUGCUUCUUCGUGUUCAGUGGUUCUCUCAAGGCAGGACACCUGGCCAAGACCAGCAUCGUUGAAGAUGGUGUGAUGGUGCAGAUCACAGGAGAGACUAUGGACGCUCUACGGCAAGCCCUGAGGGACAUGAAGGACUUCAGUAUCACCUGUGGCCUGGUCGACCAGGAGGACAGACAGGAACAUGUUCACAUACAGUGGAUAGAAGAUGACAUCAACUUCAACAAGGGAGUGAUCAGUCCUAUCGAUGGGAAGUCUAUGGAGUCCAUCACUAGUGUGAAGAUCUUCCAAGGGUCGGAGUUCAAGGCCAACGGGAAGGUCAUCCGCUGGACAGAGGUGUUCUACCUCCAGAGUGAUGACCAGGCUCAGCCCAACGGUCUGAGUGACCCUGCUGAUCACAGCCGUUUGACGGAGAACGUAGCGAGGGCGUUCUGUGUGGCGUUGUGCCCUCACCUGAAACUGUUGAAGGAGGAUGGCAUGGCCAAGCUGAGCCUACGCGUCACCCUCGACUCAGAGCAGGUGGGUUACCUGGCGGGCAGUAAUGGCCAGCCUCUCCUCCCCCGUUACCUGAGCGACCUGGACAGUACCCUGAUCCCUGUCAUCCACAGCGGGGCAUGUCAACUCAGUGAGGGCCCUGUCAUCAUGGAGCUGGUUUUCUACAUCCUGGAGAUUAUCUCCUAGGAGACGGAUGCAACGGACCCCCUCCCCCCCCGUCUCCUGGUUCUCCCUUUCUCUCUGCCACCACCUCUCUUCCCCCUCCCAUUCUGCCUCGCCUCCCAUCCCUUCAGAGGGGCUGAAAACUGAGCAGGGCAGCUAGCUAAUGUUGCUAUCCCUUCACCAGAUGGACAGCGAGCUCUGCUGGUCAGAUACCAGCUAGCUAAUGUUACUGUCCCUUCACCAGAUGGACAGAGAGCUCUGCUGGUCAGAUACCAGCUAGCUAAUGUUACUGUCCCUUCACCAGACGGACAGAGAGCUCUGCUGGUUGGCUACCAGCUAGCUAAUGUUGCUAUCCCUUCACCAGAUGGACAGUUAGCUCUGCUGAUUAGCUACCAGCUAGCUAGCGUCCCUCCACUCCACCUAUGCACCAUCUCUUCUCUGUCCUUGGACCAGAUCACAUGAAGUCUGAGUAGCAUUCCAGUUCCACUGUGGUAGCUAGAGGACAAAGCAGAAGCACUGCACUCUGGGAAAUGUAUUCUCUGAAGGCCUUGUUGUAGCAUGGGGUGCUCUGAGGACCUGAUGGAGAGGUGUCCAGAGCUCUGCCUGAUGAAACGGCGCUUCUAUCUCCGCUGACAGGGACUUCACGCGGUCCGGUGAGCUCGGAAGAUUAAAGAAACUCCGAUAAGUUGGAGAGAAAGGAAGCAUCCUCCUGUUGAUGUGGUUUCAUUUUGCACCCCGGUGCUCAGUGUCAGUGCCUGCAGGCACAACUCUUCACAGAGGAAGGAAGGGUUUAAGGAAGGAUUGAAGGAAGGAUGCAAGAAAAGGAAGUAUUCUCCUCGGGUCUUCAGUCUGGCCUCGUUUUAGCUUUAUCCAAUGAUCACCAGAUUCUUUAUUUCCUGACGCGGACCGACUACAGUUUGUUUGCUCUAGUUGUGUUGUUGGAAUGUUUUCUAGGCAGCACAAUUGUAGUUGUCUCACUAGAUCCUCCUGUAGCAGAGAUGCAGCACAGCAUCCUACGCCCUAUUUAGGGCACAACUUGACCCCAUAGGCCUUUUGGUGAAAAGUCGUGAGCUAUAUAAGGGACAGGGGUCCAUAGAUUUGGGAUGCAGCCCAGCCCAGGACUGCCCUCUACUGUGUGAAUAAGGACCUAAACAGAUUUGUAAGAAUAAUGAAGUUCUGUUCUUGAGGAUGAGAAACUGUAAGGUCUUAUUUUUGAUCUGUCAAUAUCUUUUGUUGAUUUAAAAUUUGGCAGAACAACCCCCCCCCCCCCCCCCCCCACUAGACAUGCUGACAUUUUGUAAAAAAAAUAGUGACGGUAAAUCUGAAGUUGUGUGUAAACAAAGAUCAAUAUAUUAUUAAGUUCUUGAGACAUGACCAUUGUGGUUUUGUUGGUAUGAAACAAUAUGCCUACGAUAUGAACGAGCAGUGCUACGAUAGAUAGACAAGUCUCAUCUGUCAACUCAGACAAUCACGCAUGAAUAUCUGCAGGAGAUGCAUUGACAAACAUCAUUUAAGGUAUACGUUUGUAUACCAUAUGUAUUAAAGAUAGUCAUUUUAUUGUGACGAUAAAAUAAAUGUGGUUGGCAGACAGUAUUGAGGACGUAGUAUAAUGAGGACAAUGAAUAAACAAACUGCUAUGGACAAAUUACAUUAAAAUGGUUAUUGUUGGAGGGUUUCAUUCCUCCUGGGUCGUGUUCAUUAGGCACCAAACGGAAGAAAAUGGACUGUGACAGGAACUACCUGUCCAAUGAGGAACACUUGUUUUCAUUUUCCACUGCAAAACGUUUUGCGCUAAUUUAAUACGGCGUUGGAGUUGUCCAAUAAGAAACACUUUUUUUUUCUCUUUUUUUUUUUUUCGUCUUUUGCAAAAUAUUUUCUGUAACAUGCCCUAAUGAACAGCACCCAGUUUUCUGGAGAGGGGACGAUCAUUGUCAUUGUGUGUGUCAGUGGCUUCCUUAUCCUCACACUGCAGUGUGUAACUUCAAUAGGAAACCUUUUAAAGAUUUUUUUGGUCCCAAGAUUUUCCAUGGAUGUAUUGGGACCUACCUAAAAUGGUCCAAUAGAAACUCUCUUGUUAUGACAAAUCAUUUUCCGUUUGCUUACGGUGUACACUACUGAAUACACCCUUUGACUCCCCUCCCUCCCUGGCAUUACUUCAGGUGUGCAUUACCCGAAGGUGUAAUUGUUUUGUUUUCUUGAUGGUAGCAUUUUGUUAUUGAAUUAAACAGACUUCUACCAGAACUCGUACUGCAUGUAUACAGAAACCAACUAAACAAGCUCGCAAUGGUGACGAGAGCAAACCAACUUCUCUGCAGACAAUAUUCUGCCGUCUUGUAAAUUGAGUCCAACACAAAAACAUCCAUUGAAUCAGCCUUGAACAUGGCUGGAUUUUCAGAAAAUCCUGUUUUCUUCUUAAUUUUAACAUUUUGAUAUCAUCAAUCCCAAAAAAAUACAUCUGUAUGAAAAGCCAAAAACC